AUGCAGGCACGUUCGUUGGGCUUGAUCCGGGCAAGAGGGGACAUAUCCCUGAUGGCGAGCGAACCGUGGCGAGGAUUCGACCAACAAUGGUACCACCUAGCCGAGAGAGCUCGGGAGCUUUAUAUUUGGUCCAAGAACACCGUAAAAUACUGA